AUGGCCAGCCCGGAGCCCCGGUGCGGCGGGGACGGCGCCUCUGAGAUCUCGAGGGAAACAAAAUCGGAGGCCAAGUCUCCUCUUCAGGAAGAGAAUGCUGUAUCCUUGAAUGAGGCAGAGACCUUGGACCCAGAGGCAACUCUAUGUUUGGAGGGAAAAGUGAACUUAGAGGACAUUCUCUACCUGGGAGACCCAGGAGACUUUGAUGAGACAUUGUUUGUGGAAGAGAUCAAGAAGCCAGAGGAGACAUUGUACAUUGAGGAAACAGCACAACCAGAUGAGGCACUGUACACAGAAGAGCCCAUGAAGCUAGAAGAGAUACUGUGUGUGGAACAGAUUGGGAAGCCAGAUGAGAAAAAGUUUGUGGAAGAGCCCAAGUCAGCAAAGGAUAUAACUCCAGAGCAGAUUGAAAAUGUGGGUGAAUCGGUCACAGAGGAGGAGAACUCUAAUCCUGAGGUGAGCCUCAGAGCUGAACCCAACCCUAGCACAGAGGAGGCCCUGAGCAUAGAGGACCUGGAAUUGCUAGAGGUGCGUUUCCAGGAGUGUGUCCAAGCUGUGGCCCAGCUGGAAGAGGAGAGGGAUCAGCUCAUCCAUGAACUUGUGUUGCUCCGGGAACCAGCCUUACAGGAGGUACAGCAAGUCCAUCAGGACAUCCUGGCUGCCUACAAACUACACGCCCAAGCAGAGCUGGAGCGGGAUGGGCUGAGGGAGGAGAUCCGGCUGGUUAAGCAGAAGCUAUUCAAGGUAACAAAGGAUUGUGUGGCCUACCAAUACCAGCUGGAGUGCCACCGGCAGGACGUGGCCCAGUUUGCUGAUUUCCGGGAAGCACUGACUACACGGGCAUCCCAGCUUGCAGAAGAGCUGGCCCAGACCAAGGAUGCCUAUCAGAAGCAGAAGGAGCAGUUGCAACAACAACUAGAAGCACCCCUGAGCCAAAGGGACGGGCACUUUCUCCAAGAGAGCCGACGGCUCUCUGCCCAGUUUGAGAACCUCAUGGCAGAAAGCCGUCAGGACCUGGAGGAAGAGUAUGAGCCUCAACUGCUUCGACUCCUGGAGAGGAAAGAAGCUGGGGCCAAAGCUUUACAGAAAACCCAGGCUGAGAUCCAGGAAAUGAAGGAGGCUCUGCGACCCCUGCAAGCGGAGGCCCAGCAGCUCCACCUGCAAAACAGGAAUCUGGAGGACCAGAUGACACUUGUGAGGCAAAAACGAGAUGAGGAGGUGCAGCAGUACAGGGAACAGCUGGAGGAGAUGGAAGAACGACAGAGGCAGUUGAGAAGUGGGGUGCAACUCCAGCAGCAGAAGAACAAAGAGAUGGAGCAACUAAGGAUCAGCCUUGCUGAAGAGCUCUCAACUUAUAAGGGCUGUUUAGAAAUCUAUGGCCAAAUCUGUAACCUAGAAAAACAAAACAAAACCUUCUUAAGCAAAGGAUAA